UUCCCAUGAGUAACAAUGAGGCUAUAGCUAUAAUAAGCUAGAAAAUAAUGCUAUCAUCAUGAAACAAAAAGAAAAGAAAAACGAGAGCAAAAACAAUGUGUGGUAGAAGCAAUCCAAAACAGGCACUCUUUGUAUCAGCAAAAGCCAAGCCAUGAGGAAAAAAAGGUUUCUUUCAGCUCAUAAAUUUACAUCAAGAAAUUGCCACAACAGGCCUCCUUCUGCCAACUACUAUGUUGGGAAUUUGGAGAUUACAAAGACACAAAAAAUAAGCCCAAAAGAGUCCAAGGAAUUUGUUUGAUAAAAACAAUAGCUUUGCCAAAACAACUCCACCUCUGCAAAUUUGUUAGUUUUUAGUUGUUGGCCAGUCCAGGCAUCCAAAACACCAACCCCCUUAAUCCCUCUUUCUAACCAACCAAUUAGAGAGAGAGAGAGAGAGAGAGAGAGAGAGAGAGAGAGAGAGAGAGAGAGAGAGAGAGAGCAAAACACAAGUCUCUUCUAAUAUACACCCAGUUGGUGUUUUACACACCCAGUUUGAUAUCUACAUCUCUCUUCCCUUGCAAUGCAAGAAGACCACCCAAGAAUUUCAAUGGCAAAAGCAGGCAAGAUUCUGAGAAAAUCAGUUCAUACUUUUCUUCAGAACUACCAAUUCUUCACCUCAAUUGUGGCACUCAUUGCUUUACCCUUCUCAGCUUCAGUUCUCAUCUCUCAAGCAUUGGUUCCUUCAAGCUCUUCUCUUUUGCCCACCAUUUACAACCGCCUUCAGAGUCUUUUUGAUGCUGCAGGCUUUCCUCCCUCUUCAGAAUUCUUCUCAAUUCUCAACCACAAGCUUUCCCAAACAAUCUCUUCCUCAAUCUUCACCAUACCAUUCACCCUCACCUUCUUGCUCAUAACCAAAGCCUCUGUGAUUCAAUAUCUCAAUCACCGAAAGCCAACAACUUUCUCAUCACACCCUUCUUUUUCUUCUGUCAUUUCUCUCUACAUCCCACUCCUCCACACCCAUAUUUUCAACUCAUUCUUGAUCCUCUCUGCUAAUGCAACCGUGUUUUCUCUGCUAUUCAUUGCCUUCAAUUUUCUUGAAGGAUUUGGGUUCUCGUCUCCCAACACCCUCCUCUUCUUAUCAGCAUCUGGGGCUGUUCUUUAUUCUAUAGUUCUUGCCAAUGCUCUCAUAAUAUGCAACUUGUCAUUGGUUUUAUCAGGGACAGAGAGGAGUGGUGGCUACUUGGCAAUUCUCAAGGCUUGUAUUUUGAUAAGAGGAAGAACUGCAACUGCUUUGUCUCUGGCUCUGCCUGUCAACUUGGCCCUGGCUGCAAUCGAAGCAUUGUUCCAAUACCGGGUUGUAAGAGCUUGUCAUUUUGCAGGAAAGCUGGGAUCUUCCAUGGCUUUAGAGGGGCUUUUGAUUGCUUAUUUGUACUCAGUUCUUGUUGUUCUUGACACAAUUGUGAGCUUUAUGUUCUUUAAAAGCUGCAAGCCAAGUUCUUGGGCUGAUCAAGAAGGUAAACACUCUUGUGGGAUCGAAUACAGAGACGAAGAAAGUUGUGGUGGCUAUGGAAAUUUGAAGACUCUGAAAGAGCUUCCAUGAAUUUGAUUCAAGCAACCAAAUCAAAGAACCAAUCCAAUAUCGUUCUUUCUUCAUUUUCAUCGGAAAGAAUAUAGAAAGAAAAAAAAGGUAUUGCAAAUUGUUUGUAUCUUCAAUCUUCAAUCUUGAAUUCAAAGUUGAUUUCUUUUGCUUGGCAAUCACACUACCAGGCAACUUUCAAGACAUAAAGGCAUCCGAAAGUAGGACAAGUGAUCCUAUGCACAGCACAGGGAACAAAAAGUAGAUCAAAAUUGUACACGAGUUUGUUUAUGGUCAUUGCUGCUUUGUGCCAGCCAAGUAGAUUGGCAACUUUUACAGUGUGGAUGAUACAUAGGUUUUUCUUUUUUGUGAGUUAGUUCUGUAUUGAUUUAGCAUAGACAUAUGACAUUGGUAAAAUUCCAAUGUAGUUGUAAUAUGAAAUUACUUGUUAAUCGAAAGCCCUUGCAACUUCUUUAUUCUAUUUUUAUCAUUCACUGUAUUGUUUGUUUAAUUGUGUACAGAACUAGCAAUAUGCAAAUUCAUUUGACCACUACUUCAGCAUUUGUCA